CAUUCGUACCAGAUAAACAUAUGGCAAUAUCAGGCUGUACUUAAGUACUUCUUAUGAUAUAUUUUGACAUGAAUAAAGACCACAUUAUCAACAAGCAUCAUACAUUAACUCAAUACAAGCAAUUAAAAAUGGUGUAUAGUAGGGAAUGCAUCAACCCACAGAUCAAUGUACAAAGAGUAAAUAUGCAAGCUUUAAAGUGGUGGCAAGGGCCAUUAAAAACUUUGAGCAGCUCUAAAUAUUUGGGAAUGCCUAUGAGGGUGCAGCAAUUCCCAUUAUAAUGUGAUACUGUUUAAUCAUUUUAACUGUUUUUGUCAUUUUGGGCAUAGUUAACCAGAACAUGGUCUGGCAAUAGCUCAGCACAUUAAGAAUAGAAGACUGGAUGUAAUGCCACACCUCUAUGAAAAUGCGAUGGUGGUGUGCAACGCGGCAGCCUCCAGAGACCAACACGUGUGAUAGCAACUGGGCAGUAGCGGACGGCUACCAUGAAGAAGUUCAACUUCAAGGACAUGCUGGAUGGGUUACUGGGCUCGACGCCGGCCACGGCGCGGAUCGAGCAGGAGUUCCAGGAGAAGCUGACGCCGCAGGAUUUCCGCGCCAUGAACAUCGUGCGCCAUGGCUUCCCGCACCAGCCGACGGCGCUGGCGUUCGACCCGGUGCAGAAGCUGCUGGCCAUCGGCACCAAGACGGGCUCGCUGCGACUUCUUGGCCGGCCGGGGGUCGACAUCCACGUGCGCCACGACGGCGACCCAGCGGUGCUGCAGAUAGCGUUCCUGGUGAACGAAGGGGCGCUGGUGACUGCUUGUACGGAUGACACGCUGAACAUGUGGAACAUCCGGCAAAAGAUACCCGAGGUGGUGCACACGCUCAAGUUCCAGCGGGAAAGGACGACCUGCAUCAGCCUGCCGCUGCAGAGCAAAUGGCUUUACGUCGGCACGGAGAAGGGCAACGUGCACAUUGUCAACAUCGAAUCUUUCGUCGUCUCCGGCUACAUCAUCAACUGGAACAAGGCCAUCGAGCUGUCUCGGAAGAACCACCCGGGACCGGUGACCUGCCUCACGGACAACCCGGUGGAUAGCAACAAGCUGCUGAUCGGGUUCGAGACGGGCCUGCUGGUGCUCUGGGACCUGCGCACCAAGGCCGCUGACGUGCGGUGGCAGGCGGCCGAGCCGCUCCGCUCGCUCAGCUGGAUGGGCGACGGCAAACAGUUCGUAUCCUCGCACACGGACGGCUCGCUGCACACGUGGCACGUGAAGACACCGCUGCGACCGGCCAGCGUCGUCUUCCCGCACGCGAAAACGAAGGAAAACGGCAAGCAGGAGCCGUGUAAGCCGAUCCAGAAGGUGCAGUGGCUGUCGACAAGAGCCGGGCUGCUGGCGUCGCUCAGCUCGCUCGGCUGGCGAGAGGAGGAGGAAAGCGAGCCGUACGUGAUCUUCACGGGCGGCCUGGGGCACGACACGGCCGGCCGCACGCCCAGCGUCACCGUCAUGCACGGCAAGACCACCACCGUGCUCGAGAUGGAGCACAACGUCAUCGACUUCAUCGCGCUGGUCGACACGCCGUAUCCCAGCGAGUUCCAGGACCCGUACGGCAUCGUGGUGCUGCUGCAGAACGACCUGGUGGUGGUGGACCUGACGUCUCCUGGCUACCCGUGCUUCGAGAACCCGUACCCGAUGGACCUGCACGGCUCGGCGGUCACCUGCUGCACCUACCUGGCCGACUGUCCCGGCGACCUGGUGCCGGCCCUCUACAGUGUCGGCACCGCCAAACAGAACAGGACCGGCUUCAGUGAGAAGGAGUGGCCGAUCACGGGAGGCAGCUGGGGCACCGGAGGCAACAGCUACCCGGAGAUCGUCAUCACCGGGCACGCCGACGGCAGCGUCAAGUUCUGGGAUGCGACAGCCGUCACCCUGCAGGUGCUCUACAAACUGAAGACAUCCCGCGUUCUGGAGAAAGACGGCGAGGCCGAGGACCAGCUGGCCGUGCAGCAGGUGGUCAUCUGCCCCGAGAGCCGGCAGCUGGCCGUGGCCGGCGCCUCCUCCUACGUCAUCCACUUCCGCUUCAGCAAGCACGAGAAAACAUCCGAAAUCCCGUGUCUGGAGAUUCCGAUCGUGUACGAGGCGUACGGCGAUCCGGACCGGGCCUCGCCGGACGGCGAGACCUCGUCCACGCUGCGACCCGCCAACUCCAUCAUCGGUGACAACGGCAGAAAGGCGGAGCUGACGCUGCCGGUGCGGUGUCGGACGGGGCCGGUGCGCCGGGGGCCCGGCUACCAGGCCGAGCUGGUCUGCGUCACGCCGUCGGUCAACGGCGAGCCGCCCGGCGCCAUCAGCAGUCUCGCCAUCAACUCCGCCUACGGCCUGAUGGCUUACGGCAACGAGAGUGGCCUGGUGAUCGUCGACACGAUGCAGCGGACCUGCCUGCUGAACCUGGGCACGCCGGACCUGUACGGGCCGGCCGACCCGUACCAGCGCGCGCCACGCUCGCCCAAGCAGCGCGCCGACGAGGACCUGGGCCUGUCGCCGGACUCCGAGCAGAUAAACGGGCUGUGCCUGUCGCCGACGGGCGGGAAGCAGCCGGGCGGCGGCCACGCCAGUCGCGUGUAG